AUGAGUCAGCCGAAGAAAACGGAGGAGCACAAACCGGACACGAAGCCACGACCACCUCAGAAACCAAUUUUGAACGUCCCACACGUAUUCAUAAAGAAAAAAGUUAUCAUUAAAACAAUACAGCCUGACGCAGUUCAGCAAUGGGCAAAGGAAAUAUCGGAUGUAUUAUUGAAAACCGAGGAGCAAGUGGUGCCGAGGAAGGAGUUUCUAGCCAGUUUCUCUGACAUGAAGACCGCAGUGCGAAACGGUUCUGCCAUCGUUGAGCAAAUGGCGAACGAAUUAGAGGAGAUGCUCCUGCGGAGGGUCAAGGCAUCGGAGGCCAUCAUGAAGCGCGCUGAGAGCCUCUACAGCAAGGACAUCCAGCCGCCUGAUGACUACACUUUCGACUAUAGUGUGGACAUAGACAAGUUGAAGAAAAAAUUAUCACCGGAGGACGAAUGGGACUUGCCCGAGACGUGCAGGAGUCUAAGGCGGGUGCCGGUGGCGCGCAGCGAGCACUUCGACGGCGAUAUCUCACUGGACACCUCCAGCGUACAUUUCUCCGAAGAAAUUUUUAACUGCGCCCCAGAAGUGGUCAAGCAUUUGUAUUGGUCGGAAGCGCUAUUGUCGACGUUCAAGGAAAAUUAUGCACAAGAUGCGUCUAUGGAUUUUCAAUACUUCUGCAGUGCUAAAGGAUUUCUACGAACGUAUCCAGCCACUUCAUGGAGCAGCAUGUUCAAGUUGCAGCUGGAGGAUGUGGGUGACGUAUACGACUGUCGGCUACGGCCGUGGUACGUUAGCGCGAGCGGUGCCCCGCGCGACGUGCUCAUACUAUUGGACGCAACAGGGUCUAUGGACAACUCGUCUAACCAAGUGAUCGCUGAGCAAUUCACACUGGCAAUGCUGAACGCGCUCACCGAUGAUGACCAAGUCAACGUGUUGCGGUUCAACAAGACCGUCAAGUCGCCCAUCAGGUGCUUCGACUACAAACUUGUGCCGGCGAACCACGUAAACUCAGCAGCGAUGAUGUCCGCAUUAAAAGACCUGAAAAUGUACAACUUAACUGACAUGGAAUACGUGUUGAAUUACUCGGUGCGCAUGCUGCAGAGACAGCGCGGCACCCCAGAGCGACCGCCCUCCUGCCAGCAGGCAAUCGUACUAGUCACCGAUAGCAUGGAGUAUAACUUUACGGACAAAAUGCGCCUGUUGGACCCAAGUGGACGGAUCAGGUUAUUCGUUAUGUGGUUGCACGACCGUUACGGUCUACGCGACAACACGCUACAGCUGGGGCAGUCAGUGAGCUGUGACCGCGACGGGCACUUCGCGGAGUUAGUGACGACGGCUGACGUGACGGAGCAGGUCAUGCGCGUGCUGCGCGUACUCGAGCGCCCGCUCGUGGCGCAGCGGUCGCGCCGCCUGCGUGUCUACAGCGACGUGUACGCGCAUCUGGAAGAUCCAAGAAGAAGCGAAUAUUAUUGGAGACAAAAAGAGAAUGCCGAACAAGUGUACCGCUACAACGAACUGAGAAAAAACAAAGCGAAGUUGCUGAACGACACAUACAAACAUCACAUGCAUCAACAGAGCCUAGAUCAGCAAGGGUUCUAUUACGAAGGUAUAGAUCGCAACUAUCGUCUACAGAUUAGCGUGUCGGUGCCAGUGUUCGAAAGCACAACUGUUGAAAAUAUCACUAUACAACUCUUUGAGGAAGACCCGAGGAAUGCGACGCGAACGUAUCCUGUCAAUCGGCUCCUUGGUGUUGCUGGUGUCGAUAUACCUAUCGAUCACUUGAAGCUUAUCCUGCCUUACUAUCAGUUGGGCGCCGGAGGGUCAUUAUUUUUGAUCGACCAUCGCGGAAAUAUCGUCUUGCAUGAUAACAUGAAACCAGUUUUUGACGGCGACAUAUUGAAGCCCGGCUACCGAACGGUAGAUUUUAUGGAUCUAGAACAACCCGAUAUCCCCCAUGAGCCCAGAGACUACCCGCAGGAUUGGAAAGAGUUUCGUAAAUCACUCGUAAUAAGUCAGCCUAAAGGCAGUCGGGUGAUGAACGGGAAGAACGUAUACGAGUACGGUAUGAGGGCGAGUAUGGAACCAAGGGAAUAUCAUUGGAGGCGGGUGGUGGACCAUUAUACGGCCGUUGUGGUUUUACCGCCUUAUGGAAGAAAGCAUGCGGUGCCGGAGAGCUCCUUUACUCAACAAUUAGCAGAGGCCGCGCUGAAAACUUUGUCGAGGAGUGAUUUUUCAGUACAUCCUGAUUGGUUAUACUGUCGACAUGUGGAGCCCUACUUCGACUCGCAAGACUCUGAGGUACUACACUUUAUCAGGCGACGCAGCGACGAACCAAAUUUCGCCAUGAAGAAGCUCAAGCAUGUGUACUCGAACAUACCACCGGCUUUACUCGACAAGACCUAUCAAUGUAACGAGCAGCUGAUGGCUCGACUUUGCAAGGAGGCGGUAGCUACCAGCGAAUGGGCCGACGAGCACCAAGACUUCGACUGCAUGGGCUGCGUGCUGGGCGCCGUCACUGCUUUCUAUGCUGGCGAGAGUGGUUUGACCCGAUGGCGACAGUACCGCACGCCGAGCGCGCACGCACCGGCGCCGGGCGGGGCCGAGUGGUCGCGCGGGCCCGACGAGCCGUGGUACCGGCACGCCGUCGCCGCCGCCCCGCACCUCACCGUGCACGCGCCCGUCACGCCGGCGCGCCGCAUGCGCAACACCGCCAUCACUCCGCCGCCCCUCGGUGCCAAAGACGAAUGGCUGACCGCGGCCCGUGCUCUAACUAACCCGGACAAGAGCAUCGUCGGCGUUGCCGGUUACCACUUCCAUCCGCAGCACUUGGCUGACCUGCUAGAUGCCGUCACCAACAAUACGUGCGAUCUCGAGGAGCCGGACUGCAAGCCCAGCUGCGACGGCAAGGAUUGGAGCUGCGUGCUAAUUGACGAGGGUGGGUGGGUGGUGGCGGGGGUGGGGACCGGUGAGGAGGUAGAAGGGGGAGCAGCACGCGUACACCUGUCCACUGCGCACCCCGCCGCCAUGGCCGCGCUGCUCGGCGCACGGGUGUACUCGCUCAACUGGCUGCACGACUACCAGGCCGUCUGCUUCCCCUACGUGGACACGUCCGCCGCCUCUAUGGUACUGCCAUCGUUGCUAAAAUCGCUGUGGCGCUCUGUGUACCUAAUAAUUAAACUAACUCAAGAGUUAGUAACGCUCCUUGCAAUAUUAAGUAAAGGUACUCUGGUGUAUGGCGACACACAAAAGGAGAAAGACAAGCGUCGUAACCGCGUCCGUCGCGACUUCGAGCGCGAGAAAUAUGAGCGGUUGUAUGAUGACAGGGUGUUGGUGAACAGAACCAGGUUCGCAGCGUGCGACCGCUCGCGACCACUCUACGAACUGAACCGUACAGCGGAAGCGAUAGAGCGUCUGUCGCGCGCGCCGAUGUUGUGCAGCUGGCCGCUGGUGGGCGCGCCCGUGCCGCACACCAACCUGGUGCUGCUGGCCGUGUACACGCGCUGUCCGCGCCGACACAAGCCCGUGCCCGCCCCGCUCCACAACCCCCCGGUAAACGUCACGAAACUUUUGGCCAAAAAGAAGAUGAACUGGGGCGAUAUGUCGCCAGCCAGCGAGCUCGCUUGUUGGCGCAACGCCGACCCUUUACCGGGCCGAAUGCCCCACGUUCAGUGCUACCAACACAACUACACACAGGAAGAGGGAUAUCGACAAUGCGGGCCAUGGAUACCAGAUCCAGAGGUGGAGGAAAACUGUGCUGCAUCAUUACCAUUACUAUUUCCAGUCAAAUUAUUUGUAUUGUUAAUUUUUUUUAUGACGCAAAUAAUUUAUAAUACAUAAUGGACGAAAUUGCCACGGGUAGCUCCCUGAAUAUUGCCCGAAAGAGCCGCCGGGCAAAGUAUAAAUAAACUAAAGGGGUGGAAAUAAAAAAAAAUGUAUGUUGAAUGGUUUAUGGUUUGGAACUAAAAUCUAAACCUACAACGAAUAAAAACAAAACUAGCUCACGAUAGGGGUCGCUUCAAUGGGUUCAAUAGUUGGUGUAUGUCGUGGCCAUAUCAUAGAUUUGAUCACUUUAUGAAAUGCUCGAGAAUUUCAUGAAAUGGUCACAUUUCAUGAUGUGGCCAACUUAAUUUGACCAGAUCAUUAAAUCAUCAACAUUUAACGAUUUGGUCAUCCACAUUUGGCCGGAUCGUAUAAUUAGGGUGUCC